AUGAGCAGUCUCCGUAAGAAGAAAUGCGACGAGACAAAGCCACACUGCGUGGCCUGCGCCCGGAACAAACUGGAGUGCAAGUGGCCACCGCAUAUCAUUCGAAUAUUCGGUCUCGACUCGGACCAUGCGAGUGAUGCCGAGAGGCGGGCCCGUUGGGGAACUGAGAGAUCUACAAGCGAUUGCUCCAUCGCAACAUCCGCGUCUCCACCCGGCCGAGACCCACGCGCCCUGCAAGUGGUAGAAAGCCAUGAAAAACAUGCAGAUACGACAAGAGGUUAUGCUAUUGCAUGGUCCAAGGGCCUGAACACAUUCCUGAGCCCCCGGAGGGCGGGAUUGCUGCUACCAGCCUCGCAAACCUUGCUGGCACACUAUCUCGAGAUGACGGGCCCUCUUUUAGCCACAGCCCCAGCUCAGAGUGCGCCAUUUGUAUCAUGGGUCAUGCCAAUAGCCUACAAUGAUGACCUGGUGAUGCACAGUGUGCUGGCAUUAAGUGGGGCCCAUUUAUCGUUCAGAGCGGAGACCCUCGAGAUUAAGCAGGCAGUCUACCAACAUUAUUGCUUAGUAUUGAAGUCUCUUCGUCAAAUAUCCCAACCCGAGAAUUUACUGAGCGAUCCCUUUGCGCUCCUUCGGGUUGCUUUGACAUUAGUCAUUCUCUGUCAUUAUGAGGUUCUUUCCGGAAGCCUGGAUGGGUCUUUCUUCACCCACCUCCGGGCCAGUCGCCACAUUGUGUUGGAACUACGGAAUAAGCGACACCAGAUCAAAACCGAUGCUGAACGGAAGCUGUAUGGGUUCGUGAUGGAGCUCUACGCCUACUUCGUCCUGUGCAACGGUAUCACCCCGUUCGGGAUGAAUGAAAACCGAGCGUUAAUUUACGACUCAUUCCUCCAAUCAUUGGAUGACUUGAAGGAUUUUGGUGCAUUUGGCGUUAUGUUCGGUGGGGGCCACGGUCUGUUUGAGAUCAUUUCGUCAAUAUCUCUCUUUGCCGCGCAACAGGAACUCAUGCGUUCAUCACCACAGUCCAUUGGAACCCCUCGGGUACUGACUGCGCGGAAGUGGACUGGCCCUCCGGCUGUCGAGCAAUGCUGGAAGUAUGUCGGCACGCAUUAUUGA